CGAAGCUCCAUCUUUCCAUCUCGAGCGCAGACAGAGCCGCGGAUGUUCAUAUUUUCUGCCGUUUGUUUUUAUUUUUAUCCGCGCAGAGUCGAUGUGAAACUCACCCGAAGCGACUUUUCCUCCGGUAUCAGGCGCCCGGGAGCUUCCAGCGAACAGAAAUGCGGCGUGAGGGGGCUGUUAUGAGGUAGAUCGAGCCGCUGCUGCUGCGCUUCGGCCGCAGCGACACAUUUGAGUGUAAAUCCGCUGAAAGAGUGUUUCCGGCCCGCACACGAGCAGGUGAACAGCAGAUCACCUGGUUUGAGUAUCACCAAAGUCUCUAUCAAGUCAGUCCACUCUCGGGAGGAUAUUUCCAGUCAUGCCAGUGCAGCUCCUAUCUACUUGAAUGGGGAACGACUGAAAUCUCUAAAACGGAAUCAUGAUUUUGCGAGCUCUGCAGCUCAACGGUCUGGAGUGAGAUCUGGUUUAUGAUGAACAUCUACAGAUCUGUUUGAAGAUCAUGUCUUGUGUUGUCCUUUUUAAAGACACGUCACGUGACCCGGAUGGCUCUCUGUGCAUGCUGUGGCUGCAACGGUUUCCAUGCGUUUAGUGUUUGACGUGUUUUCAUGUGCAGCUCAGAAGCGCUGUCAGACACUCUUCAAUGGCUCUGAUUGGUCAGACGCCUGCAGCGACAUUCCUGUCUGCGUUUAGUGGUAAAGUUAUGCAUCCCGCCGGUAGCUGGUCUGUACUGUGAGUCCGGCUCGCGACGCUCCUGGCAUUCAGGACAGUUGUAGUCUUCCCUCUCUGAGUGUCAGUAUGAGACUUUGUGUCGGGACGGCCCUGGCAUGAGACUGAGUGCGUGAUCUUGUGAGGAGUUUGCACCGAUCCAGAAACAUGAAUGGCGGAAAAGAACGAGAGGUGGCGGAGGGCAGAGGUCAGCUCGUCCAGGUGCCCAUCGGCUGGCAACGAAAGGUCGAGACCUCAGGGGUCAUUUAUAUCAGUCCAAGCGGAUCAGUGCUUUCCUGCCUUGAGCAGGUGAAGUCUUACCUGUUGACUGACGGCACGUGUAAAUGUGGUCUGGAAUGUCCUCUCAUCCUGCACAAGGUUUUUAACUUUGAUCCUGGUGCCGUGGUUAAGCAGAGGACUGCAGAAGAUGUGAAGGCUGAUGAGGAUGUUACGAAGCUUUGUAUCCACAAGAGGAAGCUUAUCGCCGUGGCGACGCUGCACAAGAGCAUGGAGCUGCCGCCUUCCUCCCUCACACUCCCCAGUCCUGGUGGAGGCACAAGUGUGACCUCCAUGACCCCUACCGCACAGCCUCGAGCAAUAAGGAGUAAAACCCACGAGGGCCAGGCAGAAUGUAAGGACCCGUUCAAGGCGAUGAUAGCUGUGGGUCAGCGGCAUGUCUCUCCGGAUCUGUGCGGCCCGCAGCAGCAGGACGUUUAUCCUGGGUACUCCAGGCAGAGGCUGGGCAGCACGGAGCCGGGGCACAAGUCUCCAUUCCGCAGCGGACACGGAGUCAUGUUGAGUCCCCCCUCACAACCAUUCGGUGAUGGUCCUCUGUCCCCAAGAACAGACGCUAUUUGCAGUCCGGAUGGGUUUGUGCGUAACAACCCCUGCAGCUUCCCAGGGACUGGCAGUCCCAGUGCUCUCCACGUCAACCGCCGCAUCCCUUUGUCUUCUCCCGGCAUCAUGAUACACAGCUCAGCUGCCGCGCAGUCGUCCUGCGUCAUGGCCGGAAGGACUAACAUGCCUCUUUCCCCCCCAGUCCCCAACAAGAGUCCCAUCAUGAAAAAGCCUCUGUGCAACUACCCACCCAGCAUGGACUCCAGCAGAACUGUGUUUCAUCAUAAAGCUCCACUUGCUCCUGCCCCCCCUCUGCCCUCACCCUGUGCCCUGAAUAAACAGGUGAGUUCUGAGAAGGACCCUCUUGGCAUCCUGGAUCCUAUUCCCAGUAAACCAAACCCAUCCAAUUUCCAGCCCAACACCCACUCUCAGGUACCAAUGAUGAAUGUAAACAUCCCCCCCGCCAUCGUCCCUUUGCCAAGCAACCUUCCUUUGCCCACCGUUAAACCAGGGCCCGUUGGCCAUGGGGGUCACAUGCAGAGGACUCAGCAUGUUGCGGCCAGCACCAUAUCCCCUUCGCCGGUCACCUCCCCUGUGCACAUGUCCGGGCCUGUCUUAGGUCGUAUGGAAGCAUCUCCGCAGCGAUCGCGCUCCUCGUCCACCUCCUCUGAGCAGGGGGGCUUUGCCAUUCCUAUGUGCGGCAGUAUGAAGGUCCCGCCACGCUCGCCCAGGUCCUCCAUGAGUUCGCCUAGACCUGCUUUGCCUUCCAGCCCAUCUGGUAAGCCGGAAGUUCUUCACCAAUACAAAGAAAUGCCCAACCAGUUGCUUGCAGGGAUGAGUAGCACCCUCAGCAGUCAGCACAACCCAAUGUAUCCGCCUGCCUCAGGCAGCAGCACCCUGCAGAAGGAGCACCCAGGUCUUCUGGGAAUGCCACUGAACCAGAUUCUCAACCAACACAACGCUGCCUCUUUCCCCGCCAGCAGUCUGCUGUCAGCUGCUGCCAAAGCACAGCUAGCAAAUCAAAACAAACAAGUUGGAUGCGGCGGCAGUGGUGGAGGAUGUACAGGAGGUGUGGUGAGUAGUGGGAGCGGUGUGGGGGCAUCCGCUGGGCUAUCUUGCCCUCUUGGUGUGGCUGAUGCUAACAGGGUUGUUGAAGGGCAUAACACUUUAAACCCCAUGUUGCCGCCCAACCCUGCCUUGAUAAUGCCCAGCGGUGAGGGUCAGAGUGGGCGUGCGGCUCUGCGAGACAAGCUCAUGGCGCAGCAGCGCGACCCUCUGCGCAAACGUAAGCAUCCUCCAAACGCUGGCAACCAUGAGAACAAUUUUUUUAACAUGCUGAAGCCAGACAUGUCCGGAAUGAGGACGCCCUGCCCUUCAGCCGAGCAGAUCAGAAAAACAUCUCGACUGCCUCCAAACACAUCAAUGGCUCAUUUACUCCAAUCUCUGAGCAACCACAGCUCUAACAUGACUAGGGGCAGAAACACAGGCCUUGCAGGUCCAAGUCGGACACACUUCGGCGAGGGUGCCAUGCCCACUGGCGCUGCCUCUCAAAAUGUGCGGCUACAGCAGCGAUUGCAUGGCCAGACAGAAGCGAUGCAUGGCCCUAGAGUGGAGUCUGCAGUGCAUGCAGCCCAGAGCCCGUUUCCUAGCAUGAUGAACCAGAUGCAGACUAAUGCCAUGGGGAACUGUGGGCCCAUGAACCAAAGCGGACAAGUUCCUCUCGGAAACCAUGUGAUGGGACAUGCGAGUGCUCACUUUCAGCAGCACGGCGAGCCAAGCGUCAGCUUCAUGCUGCCCGGAAAUAGUGAUGCCUGCUGCCCACAACCCAUGACUGACACAGGUGACCCUGUAUCUCAGAGCUGCAGCAUAGGUAACGCUCCUCCGAUGGGCGGCAUCAUGAAUGCCACAGGGCACGUGUACCAGCAGCAGAUGCAUCCAGCACUACAUGGCGUUCACAGGGUCUACCCAUAUCAAAGACAGGGGCAUUCCUUCUCAACAGCUCCUUAUACAGACAACGUUCCCAACUCCAACAGCUUGCCUUGCCUGUACCAAGAUUAUCAGGGCUGCAUGACUGACAGCGGCCCGCCGGGCAUCACGUCUCAUUCUGGUGACGUGGGGAUGUACCGAGAGGCUCCGCAGAAGCUACAGGGUCAGGGCGACUCCAUUGUAGGAGCCACUGGAGGUCAGAGUUCAGCAGAGUCGGUGGAUGCGAUCUACAGAGCGGUGGUGGAUGCCGCAGGAAAAGGCAUGCACGUGACUAUCACCACUGGUGCGAGCAGCAGCACACAGGCAAGCCCUGUCCCUGCGCUCAGUGCCAUGAGUGCCUUCACCGCUUCAAUCGGCCAGCCGCUCAGCCUACCUCACGCCGUCAAUGCCGUCAUACAUGCCCCGCGCAGCUCCGAGGGGACGGACUCUCUGUCCCAGUCUCAGCCUCAGCGUGCUCGACCGCAGCUCCCCAACCACAUGCGCAGGAGCUCUGAGCAGGGUAAAAACACGGCCAAUGAUGUAGACGCACACCAGUAUUUCCGCUCACCUAGUGCAGUCACGCCCCGCCCACAGUGGGAUGAGCCCAACCACUCUCACUGGAGAGGGGACGAGUUUCUAGAGUGUUCUACACAGGAACACAGCAGUCCGUGCAGUAGCAAAGGAGAGAGAACAAGCGUCAUGGACACUUCCGUCCAGAUGUGUCCGACGGAGAUGACAACCCAAACCCACGACCCUUCUGACCCUCAGAUGGAUGAGAGCGGAAACCUGCGGUUUAACCACCGCAUGCCUGCUGUCAUGAGAGAGCGUCUGGAGCCAACAGAACGAUGCGCUCAGCUGAACGGCAUGCUGCCUCGCAGCGGAUAUGGGGAGCCACUCACCGGAGAUGACCAGUCGCCUGGAUCCUCCACUAGUUUGGAGGGGCCGCUGCUGAAAGACUACACCCACUUCAACGGGCACUUUAACGGACACUGUGCUCCCAGCCCCUCCGACACCAAGAGCCUCAGCAGUGAGGAGGAACUGCGCCAUCCCGACUCUCCUUCAGCCGACCUGCUGCACUACAGGCCCAGGUCCUUCAAUGUGGGCGAACUGGUCUGGCCAAUCAAAGGCUUCCCUUCAUGGCCUAACAAGCUGAUGAGAGAAGAGCAUGGACACAAUCCCAGCUUGCAAAUGUCUGAACAAGCCAAGGUGGAACCCGAGCAGCUGAAGACACUAACACAUGACCUUCAGGCACUCGACAGAGCCAGCAAAAAACACAGGAAGUCUGUCUUGUUUUUGUUGCAGAGCUGGGAAACUGAAUCAUCAUUUAGAAGCAGCGAUUCAUGAGGCGAUGAGUGAACUGGACAAGAUGUCUGGAUCAGUUCAUCAGGAUCGACAGGUCAAACUACCCAAACCCAAGAGGAGGAAGAUAUCCAGAUAACAACAGAGAUCAGACAGACACCCGUCUCUCUCUCUCUCAUUGAUCGUGGUGCUACCGAUGGCCCGCCCUCACCAGUGACUGACAGGUGCUGGAUCAGCCAAUUAGAAAAGGGAGCAAAUAAAAACUUGCUGAAGAACUAUUUUUUUCUAGUCUAUGAGGAAGAAAUGUCAAAAAAGUGAGAAAAAAAAAAAAAUCUGCAUUUAAGGACACAGACAGUCCAAAUAUUUCUGAUAUGUUUUCAGUGUGUAUAUAGACAAAACAGAAAUUUCAUGGGAAAAACAUGGGAAGAAGUGUAAAUACUAUAGGAUAAUGACAUGUACAAGCGACUCAAUGCACACUUUAUCUUCAGCUGUAAAAAACACAAAGCAGAAAUGUUUCGGUCCAUACGACCUGUGACAUUACAAUGAAUAAGAGUCAAUCUGAGACUUUUGUAAGCUUCAGUUUGUGUGUGUGAGAGUGAGAGUGUGUGUGUGUGUGUGUGUGUGUGUGUGUGUGUGUGUGAGAGUGUGUGAGAGAGAGCGUGUGUGUGUGUUUGAGUGUGUGUGUGUGAGAGUGUGUGAGAGUGUGAGAGAGAGAGAGUGUGUGUGUGUGUUUGCGUGUGUGUGUGAGAGUGUGUGAGAGAUUGUGUGAGAGAGAGAGUGUGUGUGUGUUUGAGUGUGUGUGUGUUUGCGUGUGUGUGUGUGAGAGUGUGUGUGAGAGAGAGAGUGUGUGUGUGUUUGAGUGUGUGUGUGUUUGUGUGUGUGUGUGAGAGAUUGUGUGUGAGAGUGUGUAAUUGUGUGUGUGUGUGUAAUUGUAUGUGUGUGAGUGUGAGACGGACUGGACUUCACCAGCUGGAGGGGCUUGUUGUCGAGUCGACUCGAGUUUUUCGGCUUCUAUAUAGUUUAGGUCUUCCAGCACGAAACACUACAACAUAAAUCCAUUUAUAAUUCUUCACUGUCAUUAUGUUGUGAUGAUGUCUGUGUCUCGAGUGCUUGAUUUGUUGUUUUGUUUGUUUGUUUGUUAGACGGCUCUCUCUCUCUUUCUCGCCACAUUAAUGAAGCAAACUGUGUUUUGUGAUUUCAUUGAGGAGUGAAAUGAGGGGCCUUAUAACAUGUUUGUGUUAUAAAUGAUGUACAGGACUCUGUUUAUUUGAUAUAUUCAGUAAAACUUGGCAAUAAUACGACCCUGUGCACAUAAAGCCUUAUACGUGUGUAGAUGUGAACACACACACACACACAUACACAUAUAUACUGUAUAUAUAAACUGUCUUCAGUAUUAUUGAGUUAACAGAUUAUUUUUGAGCAUUUGUUUGACAUGGCCCAGUUUUAUUGCUUUAUUGAAAGACACUGAUGAACUGUAGAUUAGCUGAAGCUUAUAGAGACUCAGGAAGAUCUGCUGUCAAUCACACUCGACAUCUGAGACACAUCAUAAGUGUGUGUGUGCUGUUUCAGAUACCAACACGAGGGUUGCCAAAAUAUAGCUUGGAUUUCCAGUUGGAGUGAUCGGAGAGUGAGGUCUGUGACGGGUCAGUGAUGUUAGGGUCAGGGGUCAGGACAGGAUGUAUAUAUUACUGAAGCACAUAAUGUGACACAGACAUCAGUUACAGUCACACUGAUAACACUAACAUAAUAUAAAGAGCAGAAUAUUUUUAAAUAUAUGUAUAAAUGUAUGUGUGGAUUUUAUAGCAGAUUGUUGUGUGAAAGAGUCGCAUCAGUUCACAAUCAUUAUAAACUCUAAACUCGGGCCGAUUAAUCCCCAGAUAUUGGCUGCUCUCUACAUCGUGUCCGUCUUUACAGAAACUUCACUACGAAAUAGUAAAGUGCAAUAUUUACAUUUAAUGGAAUUAAAACUAGAUCAACACAAAUAUAAACAAUGUCAGUGACGCAGUAAAUAAGGAAAGCUCCCUAAACAAACACACUUGAUGUGUAACAGCACGUUCGGCUCGUGUACGAGUCUCUGCUGGUGAAGUCACUCUGUUGCAGUGCAAUGUCUCUCCGGUGACACGUCAGUCUUACUGUUCAUGUGCUCAGUAUUCUCCAGAACUUCUCCAUUUCUAUUCUUCAGUCCUUUCAUUUGCUCUGUGUGUGCGUGUGUGUGUGCGUGUGUGUGUGUGUGUGUGUGUGUGUGUACGCACGUGUGUACAUUUUUCUUUAUGUUCCCUUUGCUUGCUAUUUUAUGAUUGGUAUCUGAUUGGUAUUACAAACCUUUCUGAUGUCAAUAUUGUUUUUCAAUACGUAUCUGAGUAUAUAUUUUCUCACCAGUAUGUACUUUACAGCAGUUGACUUUGUAAAGUCUGUUGUGCACUUGAUUAUGUUUGUUUCUGAUAGCUUUGAUGUGGCUGUUAGGAUUAGUUUGUUCAAGUCCAUCAUUUCUUAUUGUUUCAUUUGAUUUUUUUUAAAUGGUCCUGAACAGCAGUUUUGUAAAUAUUGUGAACAUUACAGGUCAUGCUGUGAUGUGACAUUGAAAUGAUGUUGCACCGAUGUUUCAAUUAAAAUCUGCUCACUAAAACUUACAAUGAAUCUUUGACUUUUAUCUGAUUGUCUUCAGAAAUGAAAGUCUUGUUUUGUGUCUACAAAUUCUUUUCUUAUAUUAUUUAGAUAUUGCUGAAAGCUGUGUACUUCAUCACGACCAGGUAAGUUUAAGUGACCCAUAAAAUGAGUUACUAAUCUUCUUGAGCUGGGCAUUGUGGGUGAAUCUCAUGAAAGAGUGUCUGGGUCAUAUUUCACUCAUAUAUCAAAAAUAUUUUGCAUAAGGAAAACGAACAUUAUUUUUA